AUGCGCGUCAAAUCACGUGAUCCUGACUCGGUCGUUUAAAUUGAUACAGUUACAGGUGGCCGCUAUCGCUUCCAUCCCAUCCCCUCUGUGACCGGUUCCAGUGCACGCGACGGACUGUGACUUCCGAUCCGUUUUAGCGAGCGUAGCGCGCGGAGCCCCGGAGGAGCGGACGGGCCAUGGGGGGUACUCUCAGCAGGGCCAGGAGAACGAAGAAGGGCAAAAGAAGGAAGCAGGAGCUCAAGGAGAUCACCUCACAGGAUGUGACUGUUAAGAUCUUGCUGGAGAAGCUUCAGGAGCAGCAACAGGACCUGAAGUUCCUGCACGACAUCCUCUCAGCAGCAAGCAGUACACAGACAGAGAUGGUGAUCCAAGUCCCCCAGAAUGAACUCCUCCAGUUGGUCCAGGUCCUCACUGAGAAGGUGAAAAGCAAUACAGAAGAUGAGUUUGAGGGUCGAAUCCGGAUCCUGACCGAGGAGCACCAGGUCAAAAUGGAAGAAGUGCAAAGAAAGCAUGAAGAGGAGAUGAAGUCAGUGAUGGAGACUUUGCAGGGAGAAGAUGCCCCACAUCAAGGUGAGGCAGAGGAGAUAUUGGCUCAGUUCCAGGCUUUCCGAAAGCUGCAGAGGAGAGUGGAGGAAAGCACAAUGAAGCGAGAUCUACAGGUGAACAUCCAGGCACAAGGCAGCCCAGGUGCAUUCUGGGAGCAGGAGCUGGAGAGCUUGCUGAUUGUCAUAGAGAUGAAGAACGAGCUCUUCCGGGAGCAGUCAAAGAGACUUAUACAGAUGGAGCACCUGAUGGAGAGGAACCGUUCCUUGGAGGACCGUCUAUCACGUGUUCUUCAGCAGAACGAAGACUUGCUUGCCCGCAUGGAGAAAUCACAGACUUUGAACAAGUGGCUGUCCCGAGGGAGAGGGAGUCUCUAGUGAUUUGGAAGGUCAAUCAUGGUAAAGAAGAGCUUCAGUACAAUCUGCUGCAUAAGAAGUCCCCCUUCUCACCCGGAGCGUGUUACCUUCCCUCAGCCUGCCCAUGAAGCUGACCCUGAACUUUCUAGCAGGCACCCAGGAUUUGGCUCACCAGAGAAACCUAAAGUACCAUCCUGAUGUCCUAUGGGGGGAAUCUUAGUUUUUAAUAUACUUUUAUACUUAUUUUAUAUUAAAACAUUUAUAUUUACCAUCAGUAAUUUACCUGUUACACUUUUGUGGUGGGUAGUUUCAGCCUCUGGAGUGAUUCCUACUCCUGGUAGUCUAGUCCACGAAGAGCCACACCAACCAUACUUUUGCUGUACGUGUAAUAAAUGAAUAUGGAAGUUUGAUGCA